AAAAACAAAAAAAAGGGCUAAAACCCUAGAACACAGAAUUUCAAACUGACCAACGUAUCCAAUCCGCUGGACGCUAAACCCUCGGUACAAUUUUCUUCCCAAACCUCCAAUCUGUCUGCUAUUUUGAAGCAAAACCUGAACUCUCUCUCUCUCUCUCUCAUACGUACACUCCCAUUCGCUUCUCACCAAGAACACCACAACCCAAUUGAGACAAUACAACACUCUUUACAAUAGAGGCAUGAUUGCAGUUGAUGAGGCCUAUCUAUCUAUUUCAUUGAUUGACUAAAAAUACACUUUUCAUUGCUUUGAAAUGAAAGCUUUGAGAGCUCUUAGAACAUUCACAAUCCUUUCUUCUUCAAUACCCACCAAAACCCAUCUCAAUUCAACCGUUCUCUGCCGCUUCUACGCAUCCCAACCUCAGCAACACAACCCCACCCCCACCGCCUCUGAAGAUGACGAGAAUGGCGACUCUGUCUUUGACAGCAGCGAAUACACAUUACCCAACAUCGGUUUGGAUUCUGGGCCUGAAAUAGCUCCAAAGCCGACUUGGGAUGAGAACUACAGAGCUAAAGCCAAUCGGGCUAUCUUUGGAGAAGAAACCCAGAUACAGAAUUCGAGAAUUUUGGUCAAGGAAGAGGAAAAGAGGCGCCGGGCUGCUGCGCUUGCAAAGGCUUUGCUUGAAGCUGCAUUGGAGCGGCCGGAUGAGGAGGAGGAGGAGGAAGAGGAUGUGGUGGUGAAGGAAGAAGACCAGAAGUCAUUGUCUGUGGGAAUUAUUGGCGCACCCAAUGCUGGAAAGUCUGCGCUAACCAAUUACAUGGUUGGGACAAAGGUUGCGGCUGUUUCUCGCAAGACAAACACAACUACUCAUGAAGUAUUAGGAGUGAUGACCAAGGGAAACACCCAAAUUGUAUGUCUCUUUUCUAAUUAAUUAACUAACUUAAUUGUUUGCAAUUGCUCCCAAAAGAGAAA